CGGGGGAGCUGCGCUGCCUGGGGCUAAUUGUGCGCAUGCUCCGCACGCACGCGGUGGGUGGGGCUUGCAGUCGUGUUGCGCCUGCGCUCUGCGCCGGCGCUGGGCCUGCCCAUCGGCCUCUGCGCCUGUAAGUCAGUCCCGGGGUCCUCGGAGCGAUGGUGCAGCGGUGCCAGGUUGAAGUAUUGUAUUUCGCAAAGAGUGCUGAAAUCGCAGGAGUUCGUUCAGAGACCAUUUCUGUGCCCCAAGAAAUAAAAGCAUCGCAGCUGUGGAAAGAGAUAGAAACUCGACAUCCUGGGAAAGAUAUGGAUGAUGUUGAAGAGAAACCUAAGGAUAUAAUAAAAUUCACGGCUGAGAAACUUUCUGUGGAUGAGGUCUCGCAGUUGGUGAUUUCUCCACCCUGUGGUGCAGUGUCCCUAUUUGUAGGGACUACAAGAAAUAACUUUGAAGGGAAGAAAGUCAUUAGCUUAGAAUAUGAAGCUUACCUACCAAUGGCGGAAAACGAGGUCAGAAAAAUCUGUAGUGACAUCAGGCAGAAAUGGCCAGUCACACACAUAGCAGUGUUCCAUCGACUUGGCUUAGUUCCGGUGUCAGAAGCAAGCAUAAUCAUUGCUGUGUCCUCAGCCCACAGGGCUGCAUCCCUUGAAGCUGUGAGCUAUGCCAUUGAUAAUUUAAAAGCCAGGGUGCCCAUAUGGAAAAAGGAAAUGUAUGAAGAGUCAUCUUCAACUUGGAAGAGAAACAAAGAAUGCUUUUGGGCAAACAAUGAUUAAUCAGUUAUAUUUUUUAACGCUCUCACACUUGGGUAAAGUUUCACCAUUGAUUACUCUGUGAUUUUUCUCCUCCACAGAUUGAUAGCUCACCGAAGCACAGAGUUUUAUAACUGUGGGGCAAAAGAGAGAAAAAGCUAAAAAAGUGUAUUUAGGAUGAAGGGUUACUGGGAGCUAGAGCCAAAGCAAGGACUUUUGGGAAGAUGAGCAGUAGUGGAAAUAAGAGGGAAGGCGUCCGUGGAGGACGUCUUUCUGUGACUAAGCCUAGUUGUGACUCCGCUUACACUGAGGCCUGGCACCUGCUCACCAACCUCCCCUCAGACACGGCCUCCCCUUCAGCCUCCUGUCCUGAUACGUAUUUUUAGCACUUAAUAUAUUUUUUAAAAUAAGCCGAUAAUUUUAAAAGUACAAAUUUUCCCAUUUUUAAAAAUUCAGUGAUAAUGCCUAAAAUAUUUCAUAUUCUAGAGAAUUCUAGUAAUUUAGAAUCUUUAAUCUUGACCAUAAUACUUGUUGCAUUUUAUGGUUACUAAUAUUGUAUCAAUGUACAAAUCAGCAUGAAAUUGUUGUAAAACUACCAUCAACGUGUUUUAUGUUGAAAUAUUAGUUGAUGUCUAAAAUUUGACUUCCAGAAAUUGUUUUAAGGAGAAUAAUAUAAGGGAGAUUAUAUGUUUAUUAAAGCACUUUCAGAUAGUUUA